AACACAAGUGUUUGGCAAAAAAAAAAAAAAAAUCCGGUGUUCUCCUUUGAAUACUUCUUUGGCAGAAAACUUGUGUAAUGAUUCCAAGGGAAAGUUAGAGAAUUCAAACAAACAAAAUCCAGAUAUCUCAUUUCAAAAUCCAAACAAAACCAUGAAUUCAUUGCUGUAAAGUUCUUCUUCAACAAUGCAAAAGCAAUGAAAGCACCCUUUGUAAAACCCAAAAUCUGGGUUCAAAUGAACCCACACGUUUGGAUUUUGUAAACUCAAAAAUCUGGGUUUGAAAACCCAGAAAUCUGGGUUCCCACAAACCUAAUUCCAACCCAGAUUUGGGUUUGUCUGAACCCAAUUCAUUUAGACACACGCGAACUCAAAUCUGAGUAUGUUCGAAUCUAAUUCAUCUAGCUAGGUUUCACGCGAACCCAAAUAUGCUGGGUUUGAUGAAAGAGCAUGCAGAGAAGAGGAGAGGGGAAGCAAGAAGGGGAUAGAUGAUCGGAGAAGGUAGAAGGGGGAGAAGGUAGAAGGGAGGGAUUUCAAGAAUAGAUUUCUAAGAACCCAGAAUUCUUGGUUUCAAAACCCAUAAAUCUGGGUUUUAUUUUUAUUUUUUAUUUUGCAAGAAUAGUAGUGCAUGACCCGUAGUAGUGGUGGUGACCUUGUCCCAUUUUACCCUAAAAUUGAGAGAACUUUUAGGGAGUUUUUAAGAGAGCAAGAGCAAAACAUCAUGGCAAAAGAAGGUGAAGGACAAAAUAAUGCACGCACUCUUAGUUUGUAUGCCACCCCAUCCAUUGAAGGAAUAGCAUCCAGCAUUAGGAGGCUAGCGAUUCAAGCCAAUAAUUUUGAAAUCAAACUAGUUAUCAUUCAAAUGGUCCAACAAACUGUUCAAUUCAGUGGUUUGUCUAAUGAAAAUCCUUAUUUGCAUAUUGAAACGCAACUUGGACAGAUUGCUGAUAUGGUUUCUGGAAGAGUUCAAGGGGGUUUGCCAAGCAAUAGUAAAAAGAAUCCAAGGGAGCAAUUGAAGGCUAUCACUUUGAGGAGUGGAAAAGAACUUAAAGAGGUAAGACAAUUUGAUGGGAAAGAAGAAGGUGUGGAAGUUGGUGAAUCAAACCAAGAGGAGGAGCCUAAAAGACUGUUUCAUGAUCUGAAUGUCAAGCCUUAUAAGCCCAAAAUCCCUUUUCCUCAAAGAUUUUUGCAAGCUAAUUUAGACAAGCAGUUGUCUAAAUUUUUAAAGGUGUUUAAAAAGUUACAUAUUAAUAUUCCUCUUAUUGAUGCUAUUUCGCAAAUGCCAAGUUAUGCAAAAUUUUUGAAGAAGAUUCUUGCCAAUAAAAGGAAGUUAAAGGAGUUCGAGAUGGUGAAGUUAAAUAAAGAAUGCUCUGCCAUUUUUCAGAAUAAGUUAUCUCCUAAGUUGAAGAAUCUAGGGAGUUUUUCUAGACCUUGUAUUAUUGGCAAUGUUAAUUUUGAUAAGGCUUUAUGUGAUUUGGGUGCUAGUAUUAAUUUGAUGUCUUUUCAUGUAUUUAGAAAACUUGGAUUAGGAGAACCUUCACCUACGACAGUUUCUCUUCAAUUGGCAGAUAGAAGCAUUAAAUAUCCAAGAGAAGUGGUAGAGGAUAUUUUGGUAAAAGUUGAUAAAUUUAUUUUCUCUAUUGAUUUUAUUGUUCUUGACAUGGAAGAGGAUUUUGAAAUGCCUUUAAUUCUUGGGAGACCAUUCCUUGCUACUGGUAGAGCUCUUAUUGAUGUUCAACAAGGGUCACUUAGUCUUAGAAUACAUGAUGAGGAGGUUGUUUUUAAUGUGUUGGAUGCUAUGAAAAAUUGUGGUCAUGAUGGAAGUGUUGUUUUAAGGAUUGAUGUGGUAGAUAAUUUAGUGACUAAAAAGUUUAAUGCUUCUAGAUUAGAUGAUCCUAUUGAUAAUUGCAUUGUUAAUGCUUUGGAUGUGAAAGCUGAUAGUGCAGACAAUAACAUUUUGGAGGCAGCAGCUAUUCUUGGGGGAAAAUGCCAUAGGGUGCUUAAAAGAUGUGAGGAAACUGACCUAGUAUUGAAUUGGGAAAAAUGCCAUUUUAUGGUUAGGGAAGGUAUAGUGCUAGGUCAUAAAGUAGCCUCUAAGGGUAUUGAAGUUGAUAGAGCUAAAGUUGAGAUAAUUGAAAAGCUUGCUCCUCCUAAAUCAAUUAAAGAAGUUAAAGGUUUUCUUGGACAUGCUGGUUUUUAUAGGAGAUUUAUUAAGGACUUCUCAAAAAUUGCUCAGCCUCUUACUAAUCUCUUGGUGAUUGUUUAUACUGAUCAUUCUGCACUUAAAUAUCUGCGUGCUAAAAAAGAUGCCAAACCUAGGUUAGAUGAGGGGCAUGUGGAAUGUGGGGAUGAUCAACUUUUGCUUGAUGAGUUUCCAGAUGAGCAAUUAUGUUUAGUUUCUUUGUGUGCUCUUUCUUCUUUACCUUGGUAUGCAGAUUUUGUUAAUUAUCUUGAACCAUUUCCUUACAAGAUAUGUGGCGAUGGAAUGAUUCGAAGAUGUGUACCACAAGAAGAGGUAGAUGCAAUCUUGAGUUUUUGUCAUGACAAAGAAGCUGGUGGUCAUUUUGGUGCCUCCAACACAGCAUCUAAGGUUUUGCAACAUGGAUUUUAUUGGCCUUCUUUAUUUAAAGAUGCUUAUGCUUAUGUGAGUGCAUGUGACCAAUGCCAAAGAACUGAUUUCAUGGGUCCUUUUCCUUCAUCUUUUGGUAAGGAGUAUAUUCUUGUUGCGGUAGAUUAUGUGAGUAAAUGGAUAAAGGCUGUUGCAUGUCCUACUAAUGAUGCUAGGGUGGUUGUUAAAUUUUUUAAGAGUAAUAUUUUCACUAGAUUUGGCACACCUAGGGCUAUCAUUAGUGAUUGAAGUAAACACUUUUGUAAUAAGAAAUUUGAAAAUUUAUU